AUGUCUGGUAAGCCCUGGAAGGUAACGUAUUUCAACGGCCGCGGAAGAGCAGAAAGUACCCGGAUCGUUCUUACCGAAGCAGGAGUGCCAUUUGAGGACAUUCGCAUUAACAAAGAGAAAUGGGAUGCAAUGAAAGAAUCAACACCUACACAUACCCUCCCUAUCCUGGAGACCGACGAGGGGAUUGUUCUCAGUCAGUCAUCAGCCAUCCUCAGAUACCUCGGUAGGAGGUUUGGUAUGUACAACGGCGAUGUCAUGGAAGAGUACAGAAUUGACCUGGUCAUGAACAUCAUCGAUGAUCUGGUCGAUAAAAUACUAAUACCAGCGCUUUUUGAAAAGGACCCCCUGAUCAAGGCGGAAAAGAUGAAAAAGGUUGAGGGUGAAGAUUUAACGGGUUAUUUGAAACUGUUGUCGAGAGAACUACAAGCUGGCGGUCAUGGAUUUUUUGUCGGAACUGAACUUACUAUAGCUGACGUUAAAGUGUUCACUGUUUUGGAAAAUAUGACGAGCGAUUUUCCAGAAACUAUGGCAAAAUGGGACGACCUCAGAGAAUUCAAGGAGAGGAUAGCAUCACGACCAAAGAUAGCUGAAUGGAUUAAAAAACGACCAAACACUUGGUUCUAAAUCGUUCGGAGGCUUUAAAGGAAAACCUGUCCCGAAAAUCUGUUCAAUUUAGUAAUUGAUAUAAAGAGGAUGGGUCAGUUUUGUUCAUAACCAUCUUUCAGUCAGUAGAAGUACGAUGGCUGCCCAUCAUCAAUGUUUUAACAAAAUGUUGCAAACAACCAGCAAUUCGACCAAAUGUAAACUAUGUGAAUCCAUAUUGUGUGCUGUUAAACGUGGCUAUCUGUAUAUACAUAUCAUGUGAUCAAGUCUGAGAAAACAUGUUUGGUUUAGUAUAAAAAGUUGAAAUAUUUCUUCUGAAAUAUCUUCACACUUAUAGUUAUAAUGUGUCGGUAUAUGAGUAUGAAUGGGGAUAGUA